UGGUUGUCAAUUUUGUUGUUGUGUUAAUGAGAUUUUGAGAAGAUAAUAUCUAUUGGUAUUACAUAAUUUUGAUAAUGAAUUCAAGAUGAAAAUAUAUCUUAAGCUUAAUAAAAACAAACAGUGCAGAUUGCCAAGAGGGGGAGCCGCUAUCUUCGCUAUUAUGUGCUGCGAUCUAGCUGCACGAGAAGCCAAAAACUUAACCACUGUGUGCUAUAAUCUACUUAACGAGUCUAUGACAAACCAGAAGAAUGCAGAAUGUACUCAGAUGCUGCUACAACUAAUCGACUAUACCAAGUCUGUUCCAGCUAAGUUUACAGCUGCCGACUUCUACGAAAUAAAACGAACAACUAUUCUGCAAAUUCUGGGAAUUGCUAUGACGUAUUUUGUAGUCGUAGUUCAAUUUGAUGGUUUAAGUUAGGCAAUAAAGUCACGUAUAUCCGCUAU